UCCCAACCCACCUCUCAUCAACACAGCAUCACACAAACUCACUAGCUACACUGCAGCGAUCACCAACCGAGCUCCCUAGCUAACAAGACGUGCUGAGCGCCGAGAAGUCGAGGAGAUGGCCGGUGCGGCGAAGGCGUCGUGGAUGGUGGCGAUGAGCGUGGGCGCGGUGGAGGCCCUCAAGGACCAGGGCGGGCUCUGCCGCUGGAACUACGCGCUGCGCUCUAUCCACCGGAGUGCCAAGGCCAACGUGCGCAGCUUCGCGCAGGCCCAGAAGCUGGCCCCAGCGGCGGAGAAGAGACGAGCGGACAAGGCCGAGGAGGGGAUGAGGACGGUCAUGUACCUGAGUUGCUGGGGGCCUAAUAGCUAGAGCUUCAGCCGUCUCUGUUUUGGCUUUAAGCAACCGAGCUUGGCCGGUUGCCUCCAGAUUGUAAUAUAUGAUGAUGAUGAAAAUUUCUACCACUCGAGUA